CAUCUCCUCGUCUUAUUAUUUUACUCCUCACAAAACCAAAAACCAAAAGCAGAAAACACAAACACGCAAUAAAGAGAGAGAAGCGUAGGUGAAAAAAAACCAACCAAAAGCAAAAACACAAACACACAUUCACCCAAAAUCAUGAUCGAAGAACGCCAAGGGCCACCGUACGCUGUCCUCUUAGCGGUGGUGGUGGUGUUGCUGAUGGUGGUUCCGACCAUGCUCGGCGACCAAGGUGAAGCUAUAACCGGCUUCAUCGCCGAGCUCCUCAGUCCCGUCGGCCUCCUCCUCCUCCCCAUCGCCCUCCUCCUUGUCAUCCACUUCCUCUCCUCCGACUCCGGCGGCUCCGUCAUCUCCUCCAUCUUCUCCACCGGCGAACCCGACUCCAUCCACCGGGCCGGCGGCUCGCCCGUCGGCGUCGCCCUCGUUCUCUUCAUCGUCCUCUUCCUCCUCUACAACCGCUUCUCCAUCUUCGGCGGCGAGGAUGACUCCGGCGAGUAGUAGUAGUAAUCGAUCUGCUUUGAUUUUGUUUUUUUAUUGUGAUUUUAUUUGAUUCUGUUUUUGUAUUUUUGUUUUUGUUCAGUACAUUUACGUAUAGGAGAUGUGUAAGAAGGUGGGCAUGGUGGGUGGUUGUAAUUACAGAAAUACCCUUGACUUUUGUUGGCAAUUUUGAGGUUAUUUCGGUCAUUCAACAUAGUGGAAGUUGAAUUUUGCUCUCUAAUUACUGAAUUGCCCUUACUUCUAUCCUUUAUUAUUGGUCCAUAUUAUAGUA